UGACCAUAACUAAAAGUGAUUAACCCCUUCUAUUCUUCAACAGAUCAUUAAGAGGAACACAAACUGGAACCAGAUUGUCUUUUUGGAGAUUAUUUGCACGCGUUUCCUUGAAGAGACUUACCGUGAGGGCAGAUUGGAUGCAUUUGUCACCGGAUACGAUGAACAUGGUGGAUGAUGGCUGCCUCUCGACGGACAACUACCACGAUCUGGGUAAAGGCGGCGUGUCGGGGAUGGGAGGCCGAGUCCACAGCAUCGACGUGAUCCUGGGCUUCAGCAAAGACCAGGACCCUCUGCUCGACCCGGUCGGGCCCGUCGGCACGCACAAAGUGGACGCCGCAGAUCUGGGAGAAGAGGAGAAACAGGUGACCUCUGACCCCUACGGUCACCUGCAGAGUCUUCCGGAUAAUCCGCAGCAGUCGGCGUAUCACGAUGCGGGACUGUACUCCACAGAGAAGUGCGAUGCAGAUUUGGGAGAUCCACGGAGCAACGUGGAGAGUGACAGCCGCUCGCCGGACCCUCCUGACGAGGAUCAGCCUAAAAAGAAACACAGACGCAACCGAACCACCUUCACCACCUACCAGUUGCACGAGCUGGAGCGCGCUUUCGAGAAAUCCCACUACCCAGAUGUGUACAGUCGAGAAGAGCUGGCUAUGAAGGUCAACCUCCCGGAAGUUCGUGUGCAGGUUUGGUUCCAGAAUCGACGGGCGAAAUGGCGGAGACAAGAAAAAAUGGACACGGGCAGCAUGAAGCUCCACGACUCUCCGAUGCUGUCCUUCAACCGACCGGCGAUGGCGCCCAACGUAGGGCCGAUGACUAGCUCUCUUCCCCUGGACCCCUGGUUGUCCUCGCCGCUUUCCAGUGCCACUCCCAUGCACAGCAUCCCGGGCUUCAUGGGACCCGGCCAAAGCCUCCAGCCCGCCUACACGGGCCACCCCGGCUUCCUGAACGCUUCUCCGGGCAUGGUGCAGGGAAUGCAGCCCAUGCCUCCGCCUCCUUACCAGUGCCCUCCGGCGUUCAACGACAAAUACCCGCUGGAAGACGUGGACCGCAGCUCCAGCAUCGCAGCUCUGAGGAUGAAGGCCAAGGAGCACAUUCAGUCCAUGGACAAAACCUGGCAACCCAUGUAA